UCUAUAAGAGCCAGGGUCACUAAACACGAGUCUCAGUCACGAUCACGCUGCAAGCUAGAACGUGGACCAAAUUAACACUGCUGUGGUCUGGGAGAAGUAAACAUCAUACCUAGACUAAUGUAGCAGGAUUAAUAUUCUAUGCAAAUAACCAUGAUGAACUCCACUGAGAGUGAGCGGAUGUCUGUGUUCUUGUCGACAUUGCUGGAGAGGACUGUUACUGGUACAGAAGAGAUGGUUAACAUCCGGAGAAAGGCAAUAGUAUUAGACGAACGCUUUGACACGUCUGAUAUAAUUGAUGUGUUUUAUACUGGAAGUAAUGGAGAAGGAGUCUCUAGAAUCGGUUCGGAUGUGGACGAAAUGGCUGUGUUCAAGUUGGCAGCAGUAUUGUACCCUGAUCAGCGUUUUUCUCAACACCUGACGCACAAAUCUAUUAUAUACAUUCGAGAAGCAGAAUGCCGUCCUGGUUAUGUCAAUUUAGAGAUAGGUAAGCUAAAAUGGCCACUUCAACUACUCCUUGGUUCUUCACUGGUUAAAAUUAGAAAUUCAAAGUAUAUUUCCAGUGAUUUCAUCAGGAGCUCUCGCAUAUCUUCAGGCUUGGUUACUUGCUUUCCAUGUAACAGUUGGCCAAGGGAGGCUAACGAAUGGAUCACACGUACACGCCUGUAUGGAUGGCCGCAUCAAACUUUGAUAGACACGAUUGUAAACAAGGGCUUUCAUCUUGUCCCAGAUGGAGAUAAAUGUUCCAAAGAUGCAUUUUUACAAUGGCGAAUCUCAUUUGUAGUAGCAGAAAGAUCUUUAGUUCAUUCCUUUAGUCUCCUCCAAGUCAAAGUAUACGUGUUGCUGAAACAUUUCUUAAAACAAAUAAAGGAGACAUUGAAGGAAACCAUAGGGAGAUGACGAUAUCUUGUGCUCCUACUUCAUGAAAACAAUCUUGUUUCAUGCAAUAGAGAAUACCAGCCCAAUGUUCUGGCAAGACAAGAACUUAUUCUAUUGCUUUUGGUUUUGCAUCAACAUUCUUCUUGGAUGGGUCAGGGUCGGAUUCUGUCCCAAUUACUUCAUCCCAACCAACAACAUGUUCCAGAGGAAAGUACACGGACAGCAUCAACAGAUACUGCUGGACAUUUUGUAUAACUACUCUCAGAUGAAAUGGAUGUGCCUUUCAGUGGGAAACCACAAACCUUCAAUUUGGGAGUCGCUAUGUGACACAUCCAUACAAUCUCUGCUUGUAGUCCCAUGGACUGUAGAAUUUAAGAUGAUGCAUAUGGACAGGGAAAUUUUCACUGCUAUAUCAACGAGAGAUUAUCCCAUUGAAGAGAAUUUAAGCAAUGCGUUUCACUUAUUAUCUACAUCAAAGUCAGAAUUUGAAGAGGUUUACACAUACCAUAAUGCGAUGAGUGGCCUCAGAUGUCUUUCAUCAGAACUGAUUUCUGAGGAACUGUAUGAAAACCGCGCUGCACCAGACAACAAAACAAGGUACCGGAGACUGAGAAAAUGUAAGUACUGGAUAUCCCCUGCUGCUUUAAUGGGAACAGACGUGUUGCAUCUGGCAACUUUUCAUUUUCUGACUGGAAAUUUUACUAAAUGCCUUGGAAUUAGCAGAAAGGUAAUGAAACUAGCAACAUUCUUCAAAGGAGACGUAAAACAGGAACAAGGGUUUUGGACAUUGCAUUGGCAACCUCAUGGCUGUACAUUAGAGAGGCUUCAGAAAAUAUACACAGACUUCAUCUACUUUCAUGCUAAAGGCAUAUAUCUUCCUCAUCUUUGUCUAGAGGUGCCGAAAAAAGAGGAGACGAAGAAAGCACUGCCGUUACACAUCCCACCUCUACCAUAUGUCCUCUUUCUGAACUUCCUGUGUUGCAAUGAGCUUGGGGACACAGAAGGACGCAAUGAAGCAUUGCAUCACCUGAUACAGAUUCAGUAUCGCGAUGAACAAGGAGGACACAAGUUCUGGAUCGUUCACACACUUCUGGGGAUUUGUUAUCAAAUACUUGGGGACUAUCGAAGAGCCAUCAGGGCUUAUUGGGAGUCAUCAAAAACACGGCCUCUAUAUGAUUUGUUCAAUCCUGCAAUGGACAGGAUAGCCAUAGUGUAUCUCUGCAUGUAUGUCUCACAGAGAUCUGACAGAGGAUAGAUGAUGUGCAUACACAUGUAUAUGUAGUGUAUGUUUCACAGAGUUUGACAAGGGAUACCUGUGGUGAAUCAAAUCAUGUCCGACAGAGCUCAGACAGGGUCAACUGCGAUGUAUCUAUGCAUGUGUGUAUAACAAAAGUCUGAUAGAGUAUAGCCGUGUUUUAUCUAAGUAUGAAUGUCUCAUAGAAGUCUUACAUAUGAUUGCUGUGGUGAAUAUAUGUUUGUAUUACUUGUCUGACAUAUUAAAGUUGUGGUGUGUCUAUUGGUGGAUGUCUCAUACAUGUCUGCCAUAGAUUAAGGAUAAUGUAUGUAUGUAUGUAUGUAUGUAUGUAUGUAAUGUAUGUAUGUAUGUAUGUAUGAAGAAUUCAAGGUAGGUGAUGGGUUUUUCUUUCUUCUUUUUUUUUUAUCUCUUUCUGUUUUGUUUUUUCAACAUCUCUAUUAUUUACUAUUAUAUCUAUGAUUCAUUUUCUUUAUUUUUGUUAUGGACCUUUUCUUUUCUCUGUUUUACUUUCUCUUCAAUAAAUUAUCUUCUCUUUUACAAAGCAAAACUUUCCUCUCAAUUAUGAUCUUAUAAAACAUAUGAACAUAUACUAUAUAUAUCGUUACAUGUAUUAUAAGUACAACUAUACCACUAAGAUUAUUUAUAAUAUUUAUGAUAACUGAAGUACGGAAAGGACCUGUAUAGGCUUAGCAUGUUGUCCAAUAUAUUUUUAUGUCUAAUUUCUAUCUCUAUUAUGAAAUAUCAUGUGUAAAUAAAUUUAAAAUGCUUGAUUGAAUAAAAUAUUUUGAAAUAUAA